AUGUCGGCCACUGCUUGUGCACCAGCCGGCUGCGUUCGCCAGACCAUCGCAUUCUUCCAGCCUUCCCUUGCCUCCUCUCCGCCAUUAUACAAUCAUCCGUCCUCGUCCUCUUCAACAAGUAUCAACAGCCACUUUUCGCAUUGCCUGUCUUCCUCUUCUUCCUCCUCACUUACGCCGCCGAUCGCGGAUUCGUCUCCUUUCCACGCAUCAGACCCUUUUGCCACUCUCUUUCCCGGCCAUCCAUACUUUGCCCAGGACCAAUACCCUCUUUCUACGGCGGGACAGGAUAUCCCAGAUUUCUCACAGAGCUGGGAACUCUACGACGACCCAUUACAAGCGCUCCUUUCUACUGAGGACUUCGAUUUCAGCAACCCUCAGGGUCAGGUCCUUAUUCCUUCCUUCGAGAAUAGCCCUAUUCAAACGCCAGUGUCAACGGAGGACUCGUUAUACUCCAUGAAAGACUGUGAUCCAUGCCUCCUUGACAUCCCCCUGACCCGUGAUGCCGGGAGCUCCGUUCCCGAGGUGAACAACAACGUCUCAACAGUAACCAAUUCAGUCCCUACUUUAUCUAUAAGACCCGACUUGUCCAGUACGAUUGUUCCCGAUGUUUGCCCCAGCCCUGAAUCAUCUUCUAGCUCGACCACCAAGUCAAGUGGUAGCCGGAAACGGUCACGUGCAGAUGAUGACAAUCGAUCUGCAGAGGAAAUUGCAAGUGAGAAACGGCAGCGUAAUACCAUGGCUGCUCGCAGGUUCCGCAAGAGAAAGGAAGAUCGGAUCUGCAGCCUGGAGAAACAGCUGGCCGAUGCCCUCAAGGAACGGGACGAACUCAGGCUUCAGGUUGCAAGGCUCGAGGGACAAAAUAUGAUGCUACGAAAGUGCUAG